UACUUUACGCCUUGUGKGAAUACAGGGUUAGCAUCAACUCGGGGGAAAUGUAAAUUAUACUAUAAUUUUGUUAAGCUGUUCCUUCGUUAAUGAGUAUUCUCUUCCCUACAUAUUCCUGCCUACAUAUUCCUGAACAGAAUAAGCAAGAGAAUAGAKGUUUGAAUUAAAGUCGAAAUAUUKUAUUCGAUCUCCAGACUCGUUUCCUUAAUCCAAAWCUUGGGUUUUCCUAAAACGAUGUUUUCCUUCCUCGGAAUUAUAAUCAUCUCGAUGUAUCUCAAACUGUCGGAUGGGCAUGGAUUUUGAAUCUCAAAAGAAARGCAAAAAUGAUAAAAAACAAAACAAACAAACAAACGAAAAAGCAAAAAGAACGUCAAACGGCAAAACAAUAACAUUUUAAAGGCUAUAGAUCAUAUGUUGUCAUUGCAAUGUAGCAUUUAUUUAAUAAUCUUCRCUCGUUUAUGAUGGAAGUGCAUCCUUGGAUAGUUUAUCCAUCAAUUUGAUCACUGUAAAGCGAAAGGUAGUUUUAUCUAUAAACAGUUAAAUUUUAAAGAAAUCCAAAAUUUGYCCACMUGUAAAAAUCAAGUUGCUAUGGUGAUGCCAAAAUAUCAUGUCCAACAGCAGUUAUGCUAUUUUUUUCAUAGUUAAAUGUUUGCAGGGACCUAUUAUAGUCAGACAAGUCGUUUUCAUCUUGAAGAGAACAAGAACUUGUCUUCAGCAAUACUGGUGCUCAGUGGAACACCGCGCACUUGAUAUGCAAUUUUGUCAGUCUCGCAGAUAAGCAAGUAGACACAUGUCAAUGAUGUCUUGAACAAGCUUAGAAAGAGAAUAGAGCUAAUUGUAACAAACUCGUAUUCAACAACUGUCGAAGAGGCAGCUCUUAUAGGAAUGACGUGAAGACCUAACUCGUAAAUCGAAACCGCUCAAUAACAGAAUACGAAGAUGAACAAUUCCACGAUUGAACAACCAUCAUCGAUGGUGGAUGGUCCUUUUUUUGUGUCGAUGAUUGUCAUUAAUGCUUUCAGUGGUGUCUUGGCGAUUGUUUUGAACCUCUUGGUCAUUGUGACUUUUGUCAAAACACCAUCUUUACGAACACCUUCGAACAUUCUUAUUCUUAGUCUCGCCUUCACUGACUUUGUUGUUGGUACUUUGGUGCAGCCUGCUUACUGUGCACGUCUUCUUGCAGUUAUGGCUAACAACACCGUUGUAUAUCGAAGUGUUUUUGAAGUAUUCAGUCCGGUUUUCGUGAUAUUGAUUUGGGCAUCAAUUUUGACAAUAACUGCCAUUACUGUCGACCGAUUCCUUGCUCUCCACUUACAUCUAAGAUACCAAGAACUUGUUUCAAGGAAGCGCAUAUCAAUGGUCGUAAUAAUGAUUUGGACAUUCAGUGUGCUGUGGACAUGCCUAUUUCUUCUCAUGAGAAACGUGACUGUCGUAAUUGUGCAUAUUGAUAAUUUUUUAUCUCUUUCACUUUUGUUGUUAAACAUUGUUCUGAUGCUGAAAAUAUCUUGCGUUAUUCGUCGACAUGCAGCACAGAUUCAAGUUCAAAAUCAGGCAAUGAACGCACUGCCUGAUGUAGCAGUAAAUAUUAAGAGAUCUGUGAAUAUUAUGUAUUACGUACUUGGAAUAUUUGUCAUAUGUUAUUCCCCGUUAAUUUGUAUUUCGAUUAUGAAAGCCUUCAUGUCUAAAUUGGUCCUAGGUUUGAUUGUAUUGAUAAUGGUUAAUACUAUUCUUAUGUUAAACAGUAGUAUCAAUCCACUCAUAUAUUUCUGGAGAAUACAAGACAUGCGAAAUGCUGCUCUUCCAUUGUUUCGAUGUUUUCGAAGAAACAACAACAACAACGACAACAACAACAACAGCAACAACAACAACAACAACAACUACAACAAUAGAAAUAGCAAUAACAAUGGCAAUGCCAAUAACAAUGAUAAUAAUUAUAGUUGCAGCGUCGUUUAACCCGUGAAACAAAG